AUGCCGACAGGCUGUAAGCAGACAACUCCCCGGCGAAACAAGCCCCCCGUUGCUGCCGGUAAGAAGUUCUCCGUUCCGUCUGAGCAGAACCACAAAGCAAGCCCAAAGGACUUUGUGCAGCUUCUCCCGCUUGAAAUCAGCCUGAAGAUUUUUAGCCAUCUGGACAUCCGGAGCUUAUGCAACGCUGCCAUGACCUGUCGAAGCUGGAACCGCACCCUGGAGACCUGUGAUCACUUGUGGAAGCUCCACUGCUUAACCGUACGGGCUCUCUGUCAGCGAGAGAUUGACAGGGACAGAGGCAAUGGGUAUUCGUGGAAGGUCACGCUGCUGAGAAACUACUGGAAAAGCAAAGUGAAGCGUGAGUGGCUGAGCGGAAAAUAUAGCAACAUUUGUUCCCGCGGCAGCUUGCCAGAAAAGAGCAUGUAUCCCAUGGAUGUGGACACCUGGGGAGAAAUCCUGGAAGCAGAACUGGAACGAUAAGAAGGCCAGCUCCAGGACCAGUG